AUGCAAAGAAUCAUCAGACGGAAAUUGAUCCUUCCGUCGAUCGGCGUCUGUUGCCUUCUGCUCUACCUGCUGAGCAGACUCUUUCAAAGAGAUGCCACCGUAAAGAAAAUCUCAUUCGAUGCCCAUCUUAAGACAUUUUGCGAAAACCUCAACGACAGCACUCAGCCCUUGCCGGAUUAUCAGACUCAAUAUCCCCAUGAAACGGAUGUCUUCUUCGCUAAUAUGAGCUCACCUUCUCAUGAAAACUGCCAACGCUUUAGGUGGGCUUUCGUGAGUCAUGAAGGAUCGCCGGUGGCCGCGCAAGAGGCCGCCUACCCCUUGGCCUUCACCAUUGUCGCUCACAGAAGCGUCCGUCAGUUGGCACGACUGCUCCGCAUGAUUCAUCGUCCUGCCAACUUCUACUGCAUCCACAUUGAUCGUCGCAGCUCAGCAGAGUUCAGUCAGGCAGUGGAGGGUGUUGCGACCUGCUUCGGUCCUAAUGUACAUGUAGUGCCACCGGCAUCACGGGUGGCGGUAUUUUGGGGCAAUGCCAGUGUGCUGAAACCGCAACUUGUGUGCGCAGAAGCAGCCCUACGACAGUCCGGUUGGCGAUAUUUGCUGAAUCUGGUGGGCGAGGAGGUGCCGCUUCGCACGAAUUUAGAAAUGAUUGCGGCAAUACAGGCACUGAAUGGAUCUAACCUGCUGGAGGGUUUUCGUGGUGACCGCUUUAUUGCGUGGACAAAAGGCAUUCAGUUGCCUGAUCAGGUCAGUUAUUAG